AUGGCAUACGAAGGCCCCGAGGUACUGGUGGGAUUGGAUUUCUUAAAACAGUUUAGGGCAAGGAUCAAUUGUGGAAAGGGAUUGAUCGAGUUCGACGGAAUCGGACAAGAUAACGGUUGGAAGUAUCCGAGGUUGGAGGAAGGAUUGGUAAGAGGAACAGCAUUGGAAAAAGGAGAAGAUGAGAUGAGCGAAGAAGAGUUACGACAAGUCAUACCGACUCAAUGGCACCAAUACCUGGAGCUAUUCAAAGUGGAACGAGCCAGAAAACUACCACCAAGAAGAGAAUGUGAUCACGAGAUCGAAUUGACCCCCGGAGCAGAACUAAAACGAGGACCAAUCUACCAACUGGAUGAACAUGUGUCACGCCUGCGGGUAGACUGCGGUUGCAAAGUACUGCCUUGGGUACUGAAGGGUUUUAGUCUCUGGCUCGUAGAGCUUGAUGACUGCCUUAGGUACUGA